CCCGCCUCGCCCGCCGCCUCCCCCUGCAGCCGGGACAAUAGAGCAGGGCGAUGUCUUCCUCCGGCGCCCACCAGCACAGCCAGAGCCGCGCUAUCCCCACGCGGACGGUGCCCAUCAGCGACUCUGCGCAGCUACCUCACGACUACUGCACCACGCCCGGGGGCACCCUCUUCUCCACCACGCCCGGAGGUACCCGAAUCAUCUAUGACCGCAAAUUUCUGUUGGAUCGCCGCAACUCUCCUAUGGCUCAGACCCCACCGUGUCAUCUCCCAAAUAUUCCAGGAGUCACCAGUCCUGGCACUGUGGUUGAGGAUUCCAAAGUGGAAGUAAACAAUCUGAACAAUCAUGAUGGGAAGCCUGCAAUGGGGGAUGAUGCUCAGUUUGAAAUGGACAUCUGAUCACCACAGAGGGUAACCAUGGAGAAGCAGCAACUCCUGAUACCUGUGCAUAUGUGAUUUCGGCUAAUAGGAUCAGUAAUCAAAAGUUGGAAGAAGCGGCAGCAGUUUCCAUUAGAAUCCCCACCUUGCCUUCCAGGUGCCAAAGGAUAAGACCAGGUCCCCAGUCCUGUUCCCCCUUUUUUCUCCCUCUACAUUGCCUGUGACUGGAUGGAAGCCCUUGUCAAAUUUAACUGAGCUGAGGAACAUGCCGAGUGCAACCUUGGCUUCUCGCACUUUAAAGGCAACCUGUCAAACCAUGCACAAGCGAGAACAUACCUCCAGCCCCAAUUGGAUAUUUAUUGUAAACAACAAAGGGGCCAGGGAGCAGUUAGUUUAUGCCGAAUGAAUAUGGCAUUGCUUCUGCUCUCUUCCUUCAGCUUGAUCCCAGUUCACAAAUGGCUCGCAUGUGCACAGUAAGUAACUGUGUCUCGGAUGCUUUCAGUCACUCAAGUUUUAGAAAUUGCAAGGAGUAGUGGGAGAUAGUAAAAGGUCUGCUCAGUCUGAGCUCCUUCACCUCAGUGGGCAGAACACUCAUUUCACCUGCGUUCUAGCCCUUUCUCUCUCCAUAACUCUGUUUGUAAUGUGUCUUGCAGUGGUAACGUGCAUUCUCUCUUCAGAUGAGAGAGCCUUUUAAUUCAUUGUUUUGCACCUCCUUGGUUCCCCCUGCCCCAACUUCCUGUUGAAUAAUGCUUUUUAAUAUUAUGUGUAUUUAGAGAGAGGCAUCAACUUGGUAUACUGCUGCUUCUUCCUUUGCCCACCUCAUCCCAAAGGAAAACCACCCACAAACUCCAGUUUGCAAAAGCUUAACUCCUGUGCCUCCUGAGUGUUUUUGAUGAAUAAGUCCAUCGACACUAAAUCAAAACAGGAGCUUUUGGAGAUAUGACACAGGGGAGGAGGAGAGGGGGGUAGAUUAUCAGUUCUCCUCUAUGCUGUUUAUCCUCAGCACUUUUUCUGUUUUUUGCCCCUUAGUAGUUUAUCCUGCUUUCUUUUCUAGUCCAUGUUGUAGAAUAUUAUAUUAAAGGUACUUCAGCAGUUGUUCAUUUUUGACAUCUCCCGUCCUGUGUGCAUUAGGAGCAGUAUUUUUCCCAGUACUGAUUUUAAUAAAUAUGUUUAAUAUUAGCCCUUUCAGAACCCCUCCCAUCAAAAGGAAAAAAGUGCCAAGUGGCUUCUGAGCAACAGCAGGUCUGAUCCAAACUUACACCCUCCUUCUCCAUUCAAAGUUCACAGUGCUGCUUUAGUUUACUAGCUCCAUUAUUUUUUCUCCAAGCCUCUCUUAGUUAAUGAUUCUUGGGUUUGCUGCCUAAGAUUUUUACAAGUCAGCCAAUAUAAGUGAGCUUCUGCGAAUGGGCAAUUUUGUUUUUAGUCCCAUGAUCUCCAGUACUUACUCCUGUCUCUUUUACAAAAGGGGUUGGUAGGAAACCAAACCCACAGUGAUUGGUAGUGGAUUUUACCAAGAGGGUGGUACUUCAGGCCAAGUCUUCUCUGGUGAGAGCCACUUAAAGGGUCUGUUUUAGUUGCUGAUGGCAUCAGUUGGACCUUUGCUGAAUGCGUUCCAUUGACUUGCUAAUUGGCGGACUUUCUAACACCUUGGUCGGAAAUCUACGCAACUCCAUUAUAAAUUGGAAGAGACCCUUUUCUCUUUGGGUCUGUUAAAGGGGCACUUUACUAGUAAAAUACUUCUUGGUGGGGGAGGAACAUCUGAAAAGCUGUAAUUUUCCCUGUUCUCCUUCAAAAUGUGAAUAACACAGGAGCAAAAGCCCUUUGUAAUGUUUGAUCUCUCAGGAAUAGGCUCUGUAGUGUAGUAGGAAAUGCAGGGUCUCUUAAGUUUGGUGAUGGUCAGAAAAGUGACUAAAAUAACAUUUCUAGUCCUAUGUUUAUUCUGGCAUGAUUCACCUAUGUAUAGUAUGAAGGACACUAGAGAAAACUGCUGUACUAUAUGAUUCCCAUGUUGAGUCUGUUCAGCUUAGUUAUCUCUAAAGGGCACUGCAAGUUCAGCCUGGUGCUAGCCCAUGGCUUAUUUUUUUUCAUUCUGCUUCAUGCAUCAUCACCAGCAGUAGUUUCAAGCAUUUAGCUAGCUGUUUUAGAGAUGAGGCAGAAUACAGUGCAACUUGAUUUUUGCAGUGCUAAUAGUAAUAAAAACUUGGGUUUGUCCAUGUAUUAAGCAGGCUUGACAUGGGAAACACAAGAAGAAAGUGUCAAUGCCAUGGGCAUUGUUAGUCACUUUUCUCAUCAGAGUGAUUCUCCUUAUUUUGGUGAAGGGGUAACUCUUCCAACCAUUGCACAGGGUUUCAGCUGUUUUGGCUUUUAUAGUAACUGUUGUGCAGCUGACACACUCACAACAAGGAAAACAUUUUUCUACGAGUGCAGUACAACAAGAGCUUCCUUUAUACCACAGUCAUGUUAACAUGUAUUGGCAGAGGCCAUUUUGAUUUCGAGCUGCAUUUUUUUUAAAUACCUAGAUAAGAAACAAAUAUCCAGAGGGAAGGAUGAUCUUGUGUGUAAAGCUGGGCUAGGAAUAUGGGUAAUUUGGGGUGUUCCUGGCUAUGACACAGACUUCCUGUUUAACCUUAGGCAAGUCAGUUAAUCUCUUUGUGCUUCAAUUCCCUAUCUGUAAAAUGGGGAUAACAGUACUUCCCUACCUCACAGGGGUGUUGUGAGGACAAAUUUAACUGAUCUAUGAGAUACUCAGAUGCUAUAGUAAUGAGGUUUUAGAAAAGCCUAAAAAUAUUUUCAAAAGUGCAAGAGGUUGGUUCAGUCCUGUCACAAAUGCAGCAAUGGUAUUCAAACACCAGCAUUUGCCACGACAAGUCUCCAUUCUCUUGUGCUUUAUUUCUUCCCCACAACUCCUCUGGCCAUGGUGUGGUGCCAGGGAAAGUGGUGACUGAAUAAAAAUAGUGCACUCAACCCUUCUAGCUUUGCUGGGCAGCUUUGAAAAAGGCAUUCUUACCUGUUUUGCUCAGUUCUGUGUCUAUAACCUUAAUGUUCUCUAAGAAGUUAUUCGUUCUGCACAUAAACUUUCAAUUUCAUUUUUGUGCCUCCUACUGCUGAUCACAGUCUUAGUGAUCAGUGACAUAUGUGACACCAGCAAUGUGGGGUGGAUCCCAGCAUUGGAGACUAAACUACUUUCCAUUCUGGUGUUGUAAUGGUUGAAUCAAGCAAAAUCUGAACAUCAUUGCUUGUGGUUUAAAAUGACACUGUCAGGUUAAAGAUGGUAUUUUUAAAACAUGUUGUUUUCUGUAACUAAUAAAACUGAUAAAAAUCUAAUCUAAUCUAAUCUAUUUUCACCUUCUAUAACACUUGUUUUACUACUUUCACUAUGCCUAACUUCCACAAAGAAAAUAGUGUGUUCACUUUCUCUCUGGAUUUUAACCAGUGGUGCAGAUACACUUAGAUACAGACACAGUCCUCUGCUCAUUAAAAUGAAGGGAAGGUAAUGGAAACAUUCCCAUUUGUUAAUUCUGAUUUAUGUAAUAGCCUCAAGUGUUUGUGCCCCAGACCUUGCAGAGCAGAUUCUUCCUUAUUACCAUUGCUUUGAACUAUCCAAGGAGUGCCCUUUAAAGCUGCUUACUUUACUACUGGAGGGAUCUCCUUGGGUGUUGCAGAACCACAAGAGCAGUUCCUACACCCACCCUCUCCUUGCAUCCAGCAAGGCCAGGAGAGAGAGUGGCAGAGGUCAGGGCAGUCCUCAACUGCUGCAUUGGCCUCUUGGCCUACUCUAACUUGUGCUUUGAGGGAGUACCUGUAAGACUUGAGGAGUACAAAGGUAGCUUACAGCCAUCUUUCCCUUGCAUCAUCUCUCUCUCUAGCCCUUACUUUUAAUCAUUAAAACACAGGUCUUGGAUAACACAUUGCAUUAGGGAAGGAUCCUGUUCACGUGCAGGGACCUGGGCUCACAUUAUAAACCUAACCAUAAUGGAAAAUCAGUCCAACAACCUUCUCCUAAUGCCUGCUGCUGCAGUUAAAUUGAUCUGUUGUAGGGGAUUCCACCCCAUCAUAUUUAGGGCCAAAGUCUUCAUGUAGACCAGGAUUCGGGAAACCUAAAACACUCCUACUAAACUAAGUUCAAAAGCAUGUUCUGACCCUGGUUUGGAAAAGCAGCAUUUCCAACUGUCUAAGCCCUAUGGCCUCAGUGGUUUUCAAAAUUGAUUAGCUAAACUGGUUUUAAAACCAGUUAUGUGAGUUUUAGGAAAAUUUACUUGUGUAGACCAGGCCAGUCUGAGAGGAUUGGGCAGUUCAGGAAGACAUGGAGAUGAGAAUACCAGGGGAGGUGAGGUGUAGGUCAGGAUGCAGGUGUCUCACUAUGGCUGCUGGAAGAUAAAUUUGUUUAACACAGUCUCAUUCUGUCUGGCUGUAGCCAAGAAGUCUUCGCCUCCAUGAAACACCAAACUCUGACAUACAAAAAGAAGUUUAAAAUAGAUCUCUUUAAACUAUUGCAUCCUUCUCUUCAAUACUGCUGUGGAUUCCAGUGACUUGUGAUAGAUACUGAUACAGGAAGGCAUCUGUUUUGGUCUCAUUAGCCUCUGCCAUUAUCCCUUUCAGCUUCUCUCCACUGCCCUAUGCCCAGGGACUCUCCCUCCCCCCAACACUUGGUGGUGGGGGGGGGGGAAACUUGUUUAAAAAAAGCUAAUUUUUGUCUUUCAAAUGACCUGCUUCCCUGAUCCCAGUUUUCCCAUACUUGGUUUGGAUUUAUUUUUUAUUUUGUUGCCUUGAGUGGAUUAAAAUGUUAUGGUUUUUCCUUUUUUAAAAGAAAAACUAAUAGAACAAUAACAGAGAACUCAAAAGAUGCAAUAUUGCUUAUUCAUGAGUACUUUGGCUUUAAAUAAAUGUUUUGCCAUUCCUGUCCUUUCUGCUCCCUCAUAUUUGUGCUGAGGGAGGUUUGCAUAGCUUUGAAAGAGCAACUAGACUAAUAUAAGCAAGUGACUGCAUAUUUAUGUUGAGCAACAGUCACCUAUGUUGUAGAAAGAAACUUUUAAGGAGACUUCAGACCUGAGUGCCACCCAUCUCCCCAUCAUUGUUCAUCUAACCAUUGUCAAUUUGUUUCAUUAUUUUGAAUGUGGUACUCUUUGAUUAAAAGAUGAGUCUUAGUCCUGCUAUGAAGUUAGAAGCAAGGAUCUCUGACAGUGAGGCUCCCUGAAAGCAAAGAGCCUUGGCACAGGUGGAGGGGUCCAUGCUAAUGGAACUGAUUGCAGAAGCAGUGCUGAGGGUGGAAGAAGUGAGGGACUGAGUACCUUUGGGGAAAAAGUUUCUGUAAUGGGAUUUUAUUUCGUGGGGAUAUGCCAGGGAAUGAGAUUCCACCCAAAGCAAAUCUCUUAGACUUGUAAAUAGUUUUGCAUCAACUACUGUUAAGCUCUUUCCAGCUUCUGCUGAAUUGAUUGCACUGGAAGCAUUGUUUCCUUUUCUUAUCUGAAAGGAAAGUAUGCUUCUGGAAAUACUUGUCAGCUGCUUUGUAGUGCUGAGAGAGAGUGGCAGAACAAUUUGCAAUAAGCCUAUUUGUGACAGUCCCAAGACUCCAGGGUGUUCACAGCUCCAAAAAGACGCUUGUUUUCUUUUCAAGCUUUGGUAAUAGAUACGACUUGGUGACAGCUCAAAUGUGCAUUUCCAUUGUGAAUUACUCUGUUCUAUGAUCUGGUUAAGAUGCCUGUGUGCUCUGGACCCGUUACCACUCCUCUGUCCUAGAUCAGCUUACAGGGGAAGGAUAAAACAAUUUCCAUUUACACCUGCUCUGCACAGUGAGCAUCCCUUUUGCAAUUCCCCUUUCAUCUCUGGGCACUAGGAGUAAAAUACCUACCAAUUACCAGUAAACAAGUUUGAUCUGGUGGGUGAUCUAGGCUCCUACACUACAUUGUGACUGGUAGCAUGUCAGGGGAGGCUUGAGGAAUGCCUAGCAGUACUGUUAAUCACUGUUGCUAUAAAUUAGAUGUGUUUGGAAUUAUUUGCAAAGGAUCUUCCUGACUGUUGCUUUUGUCUCUCUCAUGCCUGGCUGGUGUUAUCAACUCUCUGAAAGUGGCUGUCAAAUCUUCCGUAUCUGUGUUCUCCUUCCUACCACAAGGCAGAAAAGAUGCCAGGAAG